CCGAGAUUCCACCGAGUGGAGGAAAGGAACGGGAGAGGGAGGGGGAGAGAGGGAGAGAAAGAGAGAGAGAGCGAGAGCGAGAGAGAGAGACGGAGGAGGAAGUACAGGGAAGAUGGCAUCGCUUCAGAUCAAGACUGGGACAGCGGCUUCAGCAACAAGGCCGCCCACCGAGCACUUUCAACUGGUGACAUCCAUGACCUCCAACUCGAGGGCAGUUCCACCGAGCGUCGUCCAAAGUCCUCCCGGGAGCUUCUCUGAAGCGAUUGAUCGCAUUGGUCUUGGUCCAUUUCAAACGAGGCUGGCCAUCAUGUGCGGGAUGGUUGGAACAUACGUGCAGGGACCGGGCACUGCUCAAGUGCACUACAUUUGA